AUGACAAAGCCGUGCUCAUUAGCAGACUUCCUAACGGAUGAGUCAGAGUUUGUCCAGAAAUUGUCAGCUGGGCAGCUGACCAAUAAGGAAAUAUUCGAGAUAUGCGAAGAAGCAACGGAAAUAUUUGCGUCUGAGCCGUUCAUGCUCAGCCUCUCCUCUGAGAUUGUUGUUAUCGGAGAUAUACACGGCCAGUAUUUUGACCUUCUCAACAUUCUGAAACUGUCUCCGUCUUCUAAGUAUCUGUUUCUUGGAGACUUUGUGGACAGAGGAGCAAACUCUGUGGAGACAAUAAUACUUUUGUUUUAUAUGAAAAUUAAAUACUCUGAUAGCGUAUGGCUCCUUCGGGGAAACCACGAGUCUCUUCGAACAUCGUCCUGCUACGGCUUCCAGGAUGAGUGCAUGCGGAUGUAUGGGUCUAAGCUCGUGUGGUACAGGAUAUGCUCAGUUUUUGACUUUCUUCCCAUUUGUGGGAUAAUCGACAGCCAAAUAUUUGCGGUGCAUGCAGGGAUUGGGCCAAACUUGGACAUUACAAAGUUUGAAGCAACGCAAAGAGUGGGCGAUGUUCCAAGUGGAGGAGACAUAGCCAAUCUCCUGUGGAGCGAUCCAGACCCGCUGGUAGACAGUUUUGUGGAGAGCAAAAGAGGAAUUGGGUACUACUUUGGAGAAAAGCAGGUAGACGAAUUCCUCAGAAAAACAGGACUAAAAAAAAUCAUUCGGUCCCAUCAGCUUGUGGACGAGGGAUACAAGGAGGACUUCAAUGGAAAAGUCAUAACUAUAUGGAGCGCACCAAACUACUGCUACAGAUGCAUGAACAAAGCCGCAGUGGCAAGGAUAAGAGGCGAGACCAUAGAGUACUGCGAGAUACCCGUUGCAGAGUUCCAAAGAAAAGAGACAAAGCCGCUCUCCUACUUCUUGUAA